GACCGCUGCUCCGGACCGUCUUGAAGAGUCGUCGCGACCAGCUUUCCGUCUAGGUUCCGCUUUGUUUCUUCGAUCGAUUCUCGUCUCGCAAUUUUCGUCCACCGGACUUCCUGAAGAUCGCAGCGGCGUUUCCGCGAGCUGUCGUAAUCAAGAUGCAGCUCGGAUUUACGGUGCUCGCUGUCCUCGCGGUGACGGCCGCGUCUGUCGUCGCCGUCUCGGAACGAGUGUUCACAAUGUGCAUCCCGGAGAAGUAUUCGAAGGAGUGCGAAAAGAUGAUGGAAGAUUCGGCCACUCAUGGCUACCCCAUAGCGUGCAUCUCUGGCCGCGAUCGAUACGACUGUAUCGAGAGGGUCGGCAAGAAGGAAGCGGACAUCGUCGCCGUCGAUCCAGAGGAUAUGUACCUGGCGGCGAAGAACAAGCUAGCUGAGAAGGCCGGCUACAACGUUGUCGAACAGGUGAGAACGAAGGAGGAACCCGAAGCAAUAUAUCGUUACGAGGCGGUCGCCGUGGUACACAAGGACCUGAACAUCAACAAUGUUCAAGGCCUGAGGGGCCUCAAGUCUUGCCACACCGGCGUAGGCCGCAAUGUCGGCUACAAAAUUCCCAUCACGAAGCUCACCGCGAUGGGCGUGCUGACCGAUGUCAACAACCCGGAAUAUUCCGCUCGCGAGAACGAGCUUCGCGCUUUAAGCACGCUCUUCGACAAAGGCUGCCUGGUCGGCACGUGGUCACCUGAUCCCGCGAUCAAUCAGAGGCUCAAGGAAACGUAUAGCAACAUGUGCGCUCUUUGCGAGAAACCAGACGUGUGUGAUUAUCCUGACAUAUACUCCGGAUAUGAAGGCGCAUUACGUUGUGUGGCUCACAACGGCGGCGACGUCGCCUGGACGAAAGUUAUCUACGUGAAGCGCUUCUUUGGUUUGCCCGUUGGAGUCUCACCGGCGAUGCCGACCUCUGAAAAUCCGGCUGAUUUCCGAUACUUGUGUCCUGACGGCAGCAAAGUGCCCAUCGAUGUCAACACGAAGCCGUGCACGUGGGCCGCACGCCCGUGGCAAGGAUACAUGACUAACGGGGAUGAUGCCAACAACGUGGAAGCUAUUCAAAAGGAAUUAACACAACUAGGCCAGCUUGGUGGGAAUGAGAAAGCGGAUUGGUGGAAGGAUCUCAUGUUGCUCGACGAGAAGACCUUGGCUGUCGCGGCGCCGCCAGUGUCCCCGGAAGAGCAUCUGAAGAGCGCAAAAUACAUGGACGUAAUCGAGAGGAAUUCUGGAGCACCUGAGAGAGAUGCUCGCUGGUGCGUCUGGGAUGCGAACGCGCUGGACAAAUGUCGUAAUCUCGCUAGAGCCGCGUUUUCCAGAGACGCCAGGCCUAGAUUCGACUGUAUACUGGAGAAGGACCAGGAUGCUUGUUUGAAGGCCGUCAGGGAUAAUGGAGCGGAUAUAACAGUGAUCGAUGGCGAAUCGGUAAAUCUCGCGAUAAAAGAAUGCAACGCGAAACCGAUCGUCAUUGAAACUUACGGAGAGGGAUCGACCAAACUCGGCGAGCGACCGGCAGUCGCUGUCCUCAAGAGCGGAUCGUCCAUAAAUGGAUUAGGCGAUCUCAGAGACAAAAAGUCCUGCCGCAGCGGAUACGUGGGUGACUUCGCCGGUUCCACCGCACCGGCUCGCAUUCUUAAGCAGAAAGGUCUUAUCAGUGCACUGGACGAGAUGGACAGCAUCUUCUUCUCUGCAUCUUGUGCGCCUGGUGCACCCCACGAUUCCAAGUCCUGUGAACUAUGCGUCGGCAAUAUCAAGUCCGAUGACGAUAAAGUAAGAGAUGCCACAAAGUGCAGGCCAACGGACGUCGAAUAUUACAAUGGCGGAUUAGGAGCGCUCAGGUGUCUAAAGGACGGGAAGGGAGACGUCGCGUUCCUGCCUUUAACGGCUUUGCAGCAGCUUUAUAACGAGACAUACGGUGCUGGCAAACGCGAAGAUUACGUGCUGCUUUGCCCCGAGGGUGGCCAAGCGCCCAUCAAUGAAUGGGAACGUUGUAACUUGGGAUUGGAGCCGCCGAGAGUGAUCGUCAGUUCGGCCGGGAAAAAUCCAAACGCUCUGGAAGAACUGAAACACGGUAUUUUAGCCGCCAGCACUCUAUACUCCAAGCAUCCGGAUCUUCUACGUCUGUUUGGCGCCUGGGACGAAAAGCGCAACGUGUUGUUCAAGGAUGACGUUAAAGAGCUGGUGUCCAUCGACAACACAAUGUUUCUUCAGGACAAAUGGGAAGCUUGGGCGGAUCAAUCAUCAGCAAUCACUAAAGCUUGAGUCGUGCAUUUAGUACCACUUGAUUAUCUUUGAUGUACAUCGUGUUACAUGUGAUACUGCUGCUUUAGUUGCUAAGAAGUAAUCGAUAUUAAAUUGUGUGUAUGUACAUCAGUGAUCUAUGUAUAUCGUAAAAAAACAUUGCAUGGAUAAAUCGUUGUCAUCUUCGAUAACUACGCUUACAUUUGUACACUGGCAAAUAUAAUAUUGCCGUAAUAGAGAUUAUACGCUUCAACGCCCAAUGCCAAUCAUUACUCAAUGCCGACGAAUGUAAAAGAAUGGAAUACUCGUUUCUCUAAGCUUGCGACAAUAAAAAUAUAUAUUCUUUUCGAGCA